GCAUCGAAACGUGCAAUUGUCAGUUUUUACUUCUACACGGAAAAAGGACUGCAAAGGAUUGUCUUAAUAAUGGAACAUUGGGGUGAUUUUCGUGAACUUACUUCAGUACCAGUAACCUAUAAUCAAGCCAUGAUAACUCCAUCACCGCAGGUCCCACGUUCAGAUGUUCUGCCUGAAAUUUUCUUGAAAGAUACAUCCCCCACCCCAUUCAAUAUCAGUGACAUGAUGGAACCGACCUUUACAGACGCCAUUGGUACAAUAUUUACUGCUGUCACUUUAGGAAUAUUUAUACUUAUUACGAUAAUAGGAAAUUUCUUUGUAAUUUAUGCUAUAACUACGGAGAAGAAUUUGAAGGGCAUAGCAAAUUGGUUGAUAUUAUCUCUAGCUGUGGCCGAUCUCAUGGUUGCUAUUCUGGUAAUGCCUUUAAGUGCUUACAAUGAAGUUUACAAACAAGUCUGGGUGCUUGGUCCUGAGCUUUGCAGAAUGUGGACAUCACUAGACGUACUUUGUUGUACGUCGUCCAUCUUACAUCUUUUAGCCAUAGCUAUAGAUAGAUAUUGGGCUGUCACAAACGUAGAAUAUGCUAGAAGUCGGCAACCCCUGAGGAUAUAUCUCCUGAUUUCCGGUGUUUGGGCAGGCUCGUUUAUCAUAUCAUUCGCUCCUGUAUUUGGUUGGAAAGAUCCAGAAUUUUAUCAAAGAUUGGAGGAGGAAAAACGUUGCUUGGUUAGCCAGAAUGUCAUAUACCAAGUAUUUGCAACAUGUACAAGCUUUUAUAUUCCUCUCAUCUUUAUUUUGCUAUUGUAUUGGAACAUAUUUAAACAGGCUAGAAAACGAAUUCGUCACAGACCAGGUGCUCCAGCCGUAUUAAUCGUAGAAAAGAACAAAAAUCCUGCUACCUGUCUUGCAUCUCCUUUAUCGACAGAAGACAGCAACGAUCAAGCUCAAGUAACGGUUUCAGAAAAUGAUAUCGAAGCCAAUCACGGAGGUUUAGGGCGAUUACUCGUACUAGCCAAGCGAGAAAAAAAGCAUGCUAAAGAAUCCACUGAAGCAAAGCGUGAACGUAAAGCAGCCAAAACACUGAUGAUAAUAACCGGUGCUUUUGUAAUUUGUUGGUUGCCUUUCUUUGUUAUGGCAUUAUUAAUGGCAGUUUGUAGUUCUUGCGAACCUAAUGAGCAUGUUUUCAGUGUUAUGUUAUGGCUGGGAUAUACGAAUUCUCUCCUCAAUCCUGUUAUUUAUACCAUUUUUAGUCCUGAUUUCAGAAAUGCCUUCAAAAGGAUGCUUUGCGGUGAAAACUACUCGAGCCAAAGACACUGAAGAAAAUGUUGCUGCUCUUAAACUAUACGCAAACUACCAAAUUUUAGGAAAAAAUGUUAAGAAUCAUUUUGAUAAAUUCAUUUUCGGGGUGAAAUAUGAAAAUAAAUGCAUAUAUGUUAUUUAAUCUUAAUAUUACAAAAUUUCUAAAGCAUUAUUUGACUAUAUAGCACAGUAAUAAUCAAUUUGAUGGAUUUUCUAAAAUAUCACUUCUGCAAUCAUAUUCAUCAUGUAAAUAUUGCUCUUGUAUGUACACAUAUAUACAUGUGCUGGGGUUGUUUGGUAUCACAAUAUGAAUCCCAUAAGACAAUUAAGUGAUUUUUAUCCAGAAUACAGUUAUAAAGGGCUGAAUAACAAAUUAAGAAAUUUGUGAUGAAGAGUUGAAAUGAAGAAAAAAUGGAAAUGCACUAAACGAUCAUACUUUAAAAAAGUUGCAUCUAUGGUUGCUGAAGGGAAUUACGUAUAGAGUGCGAUAUAGGAUAAAACUGCACCUAACAUGUUUGUAAGUAAAAAUAUUCAUGUAAGAAGUAUGCUAUAAACUAUGGACAGUUAAAUUCAAAAUCUUUAAUUCUUGAAUUUUGAAGUUGAUGGUGUUUCAGAAGUUCUAAAACAUGCCAGAAUUUUUAAUACGAAAAGACAAAGCUGUUAUUACGUAAAUGAAAAUAACGCUGGACAACUAUAUCAUAGAACUAGUAUAUUUUUGUCUAUUAGUAGUAAGAACAAGUAUGUUACUGGAUUAUGUUACAAAAAUAUGCGCCAAUGUUUGUAUUCAUCUCUUUAUAUGUAUUAGAGGUGUAAAGUAGUAAUAUUGCUGUGUGUCUGUUUACUAGAAUCUUUUACAUACUGUACAAUUGUUAAAAUACAGUUUAUUUGUUUGACGUGUUUAAGAAAAUAUUUUUCUCUUAAUAUUUAGAUGCAUUUUCUGUUAAUGUUUCCUUUUUGUGGCAUAUGAUGGAACAAAUUUAUUUGUGCAGUGUUGCAACAUACUCUUAACUGUAAAUUUUCAAACAUCGUUGUAUUCAUAAACAGCAUUUAUUUAUA